UUACUUUUUUACUCUCGGUUGAGCGUUGAAAGACUUUUGAGAAGCGCUUACUUUAAACGCGGGCGACCUCAGCAAACGUUCACAGUGGAAAAAGUGGUCAGUGCAGGACCAUCAGACGUUAUUUCACCUACGUUACAAACUGACCUGAUUUUACCUUCUCCAAGACAGUUUUUCUUUCUUUACUUUUUUUUUCUAUUUAGUCCAAUUUUUUAACUCUUUACCAGGCUCUGGCAACAGACCGGUUGAUAGCCUGCAGGACUUUUUCCGAUAAAACUAAACGGGAUCGAGUCAUUCUGUCGAUAGAAGCGGGUUGUGUUUCUGGACUAGUUUCUGGUGAAUUAGAAACUAAAAACGAAAACUAGAUGAUCGACUAAGUGUCAAAGGAUUAAUAUAAUUAUUCAAAAGGACUCUAUUUCAACUAUUUGCCAACCGUCACAAAGAGCAUCAUGGGAACGAUACCAAUUCUACUUCUAUGUUUGUCCGCCUUUUGUCUCUCAGCUCAAAGUAGUCGUUUGACUAGUACAAAAAGCACAAAUUCAAAGAAAAUCGUCUGCUAUUUCACCAACUGGGCCCAGUACAGACCAAACGAAGGAAAAUAUGUUCCAGAAGACAUCGAACCUCAACUUUGCACUCAUUAUAUCUUCGCUUUUGGUUGGAUGAAAAAACACAAGAUCUCUUCCUUCGAUUCGACAGAUGAAACCAAAAAUGGAAAGAAAGGAAUGUAUGAAAGACUGGUCGAUAUCAAACAAAAGAACAAAGAUGCCAAAGUCCUGCUGGCAAUCGGUGGUUGGUCCUUCGGUACACAAAGAUUUAAAGAGAUGGCCUCUAAUAGGUACAACCGACAGUUGUUUGUCUUCAGUGCCAUCCGAUACCUUAGGGACAGGAACUUCGACGGACUCGAUCUGGAUUGGGAAUUCCCUCGAGGUGGUGAAGACAAGAAGAAUUUCGUCUUGUUACUUAAGGAACUGAGAGAAGCUUUCGAAGAAGAAGCCAAAGAUAAGAAAAUGCCUCGUCUUCUCCUUACCAUUGCAGUUUCGGCAGGUUCCGAAACUAUCCGAUCGGGCUACGAUGUACCAGCUGUUGCAGCUUAUUGCGAUUUCAUUAACAUUAUGUCUUACGAUUUCCACGGUAAAUGGGAAAGUCAGACAGGCCACAACAGUCCUCUUUACGCUCUCUCAACAGAAUCCCAAUGGAGAAAACAACUUUGCAUGGAAUUCGGAGUGAAACUGUGGGAAAAGAUGGGCGCCCCCAAGGAAAAGAUCAUUGUUGGACUGGCCACUUACGGAAGAAGUUUCACCCUAGCUAGUCCCGACAAAACUGGGAUGAAUGAAGCUUCCCGAGGUGGUGGUAAGGCAGGAACCUUUACCAGAGAAGAAGGAUUUUUAGCUUAUUAUGAAGUUUGUGAUUUUAUAAAAAAAGGAGCCAAGUACGUGUGGGACGAUGAACAAAAAGUGCCCUACGCUUUUUAUGGAGAUCAAUGGGUUGGUUUUGACGACGAAAAAAGUAUUAGAAUUAAGCUGAAAUGGAUCAAAGAUAACGGCUAUGGAGGUGCCAUGGUCUGGACUUUGGACAUGGACGAUUUCCAUGGUACUUGCCUCAACGAUAUAAAAUAUCCUCUCAUAGGAGCUAUGGGCGAAGAAUUGCUGGGUCAACCCAAAAGAACAGUCACUGAUUUGGCAGCUCUAUCUAAAAAAGUCGCCAAGACUCUUCCACCUACUCCAGUUCCUGUUUUACUCAAGGUUGACCCUGUACCCCGAAAGAAGGAUGACGGAGAAGAGGAGAUAGCAACGGAAGCAAAAUCUGAUCCUGACGCCACCAAUGCAAGAGUAGCCUGUUACUACACAAGUUGGUCAAUGAAACGACCAGGUCAAGGAAAAUUCCAACCUGAGCACAUCGACCCAUUCCUUUGCACACACGUCAUUUUUGCUUUCGCCACUAUCAAAGACGAUACGCUGUCCCCUAUAGACGGAGCUGACACUGCCUCUGGACCCACGAAGAAAUCCCUCUACGACAGAGUACUCGGACUGAAAGAAAAGAACCCGAAUCUCAAAGUGCUGCUUUCUGUGGGUGGAUGGAUAUCCGGCACAGCACCCUUUAAACAAAUCACAAAAUCUGGAUACAGACAAUCUUUGUUCGUAUUCAAUGCCAUUGAUUACUUGCGUCAACGAAAAUUUGAUGGAUUAGACAUUGCAUGGGAAUUUCCAAGAGGAGCAGAAGACAAAGAAAAAUUCACGAACUUAGUAAAAGAUCUUUAUGAGGCUUUCAUUGGCGAAGCUAAGGCAUCUGAAAAACCCAGACUGUUAUUGACAGCUGCCGUACCAGCUAGUUUCGAGGCAGUAGCCGCAGGUUAUGAUGUAGCCGAAAUCAAUAAAUACUUGGAUAUGUUGAACGUGAUGACAUAUGACUUCCAUGGAAACUGGGAAAGGCAAGUUGGUCACAACAGCCCUCUUUUUGCUUUGUUCAGCGCUACUAGUUACCAAAAGAAACUUACAGUGGAUUACAGUGCCAAAGAAUGGGUAGAAAAAGGCGCCUCCAAAGAAAAGAUCAUCAUAGGCAUCCCCACUUACGGCAGAUCUUUCACUCUGAAAAACACCUCAUUAACAGACAUCGGCGCCCCGGCCGUGGACGGAGGACUUGCAGGAAAUUAUACAGGAGAACCUGGGGUUCUAGCAUUCUUUGAAAUUUGCGACUUUUUGAAAUCUGGUGCUAUUCUGGUUUGGGAUAACGAGCAGAUGGUUCCUUAUGCUUAUAAAGAAAACCAAUGGGUAGGAUUUGAUGACCAGAGAAGCUUGAAAACAAAGGUGCAAUGGUUGAAAGAACAAGGUUACGGAGGUGUCAUGGUAUGGUCAAUUGAUAUGGAUGACUUCAGAGGAACAUGUAUGGGACUGAAAUAUCCACUUAUCAACACAAUAAAAGAAGAACUCAAAGGAUACAAUGUAGCAAACCUUGAAGCCCUAAGCAGCAACGCUCUAAAUUCCUUAAUAGAUAAAGAUGAAGUAGUGUGUGAUGAAGAAGAUGGUCAUAUUAGCUACCAUGUAGAUAAAAAAGAAUGUGCCAAGUAUUACAUGUGUGAAGGAAAAAGACGACAUCACAUGCCAUGCCCUGUUAAUUUAGUAUUCAACCUCAACGAAAACGUCUGUGACUGGCCCGAGAAUGUGGAAGAUUGUGACAGCGUAACAGGAGGAAGGAAGCCAAGUUAAAUUAUCGGACUCCCAACAGUUUUUUAAUACAGAAAUUGAAACCAUUUCACUCAGAGAAUAAAGUGGAUUGAAACAUAGACUUUUCAUGUUUUCGUUCCACUUGAAAACCGAACUGUGACAAGCUGGAAAGCAAAGAACAGCUAUUAAUUAAUAGCUUUCAAGAAUCAUUGAAAACUGAACAUUGCUGGUGUGGUGCUAAUCUGAAGAUUGAUUGAACAACAGCCAAUUCAUACUAGAGAAUAAUGACAGAAACAAAUUUCAAAUCAAUAUGCUUUUCAGGUUAAAAGUAAUUGUGAAAUUAUGAACUCAUACACACUGCUAAUAUUAAUGUUGGAGAUGGUCAAAUUUUUUGGGCUCUUUGCUGUUACUUUGAAUAUUAUAUAUUAGGUUUAAACACUGCUUAAUAAUCAGCUUAAUGAAUAGUUAAAACAAAUGUUUUUUUUUUUCAAUAAUUGAAAUAAGUAAGAAAAUCCAUAUAAAGCAUUAUUCUGCAAUUAAAUUUAAUUUGUAAAUUAAGAGAACAAAAUCACUUAAAAAAGUAUUUUCUAUUGUUUUUAUGAAAACUUUUUGUUUUGUUUUGCAAAAUGUUAAAUUUUUAUUAUUU